AUGUCGGUAAUGGGCAGCUAUAUUCAACUGUAUGCGAAGGACAGUAAUCUUGCGGAAAUUGACUGGCAAUUACCGCAAUACCGCCAACUGAUAGGUUGGCCUGUAUGGGAAAUAGCAAUAAUGCCGGUUGAAGGGUUAGAAAAAGUUACGCCUGAGGUCGCCGCAAACAUCGCCAGGAAGAUGCAAAUGUUGAAUGCUCAGGGUAUCACGGUGUGGCUUCGCUUUGCCCAUGAAAUGAACGGAGACUGGUAUGUCUGGGGACUGAAACCGGCGCUUUUCCUUGAGAAAUGGAAGCUCGUGACAAGUGCCGUCAGACGCGUUGCGCCAAAGACACUUAUGCUAUGGGCUCCGAACUCGGGCUUCGGUAAAGAUCAAGACGCCCUCCUAGGCGGUUACACAAAGUACUGGCCUGGAGGGGAAUGGGUCGACAUGAUUGGCUUAUCAUUUUAUCAUUAUGGUGGACAUGAGCGUGCCAAUGUUCUCCCCUAUCCGACAGAAGCUCAGGAUACAAUCAAAGACUUUGUCAAGUUAUUCGGUUCCAAGACCCAUGACCUACCGGUGGUUCUGGCCGAGACUGCAGCAUCUUAUACUCGCUCGCUCGACGGUAGACCUGCCCCUGGUGCAGCUAAUGAACGUGAUAUCAAACUAUCUUGGAUGAAUCAGUUGUUGUCACGUUCAAUGGCGGAGGCAGUGCCCGAGCUGAAGGCCAUAGUUUGGUUUGAAGUGAUGAAAAAUGAAAACGCAGCUGGAAACACGCCUGUCAAAUCGGAAGACUUUCGAAUAGUAACUGGCCAGAUAAAACCCUUGGUUGAGGACGCUUACAAAUUACUCAGCCAUCGAUCCUCAAAGUCUUCAAAGGCCAGAAAACCAAAACGAUUGGAUCACUUGGGAAAAAAGCGCGCAGGAAUGAUGUAA